GUCACGUGAUACCGCUUUUUGUCUGAAGUUUAUUUUGAAUCAAAACACGAAGUUUAGCAAUGGGAUUCGCAAGUUCAUCUUCGCUCAAUUCUACCUCUCACGUCUCAGGAAAAUGCUCAGACAUCUUAGAAAACAAGUAAGACUUUUUGUACUUAUACUUGCGGGCCUUGUUUUGAUUGUUGUUUACUGGACACGUUGCACGCCGCUGACCCAUGACGAAAACUCGCCGUUGAUUUUCGUCGGUGGAUUUCCACGCAGCGGUACCACACUUAUGAGAGUGAUGCUCGACACCCUUCCCGACAUCCGCUGCGGCCAAGAGACCAGAGUUAUUCCAAAGCUUUUGCUCCAUGUGGGAGAGUACACAUAUCGGGAGCGCAUGCGCCUGGACGCUGCUGGUGUGACCUCACAAGUGUUGGAUUCCGCAGUAGCAAAGUUUAUUCUGCAGGUUAUGACGUCACAUGGUGCGCCAGCGAAACGUCUCUGUAACAAGGAUCCGCUAACACUUCGAAACAUGACGUAUCUUGCCAGAGUCUUCCCGAACUCAAAGUUCGUGUUUCUAGUGCGGGACGGACGGGCCGUUGUCCAUUCUAUAGUAUCCAGACGUAUUCUUAUUCGAGGGAUUAAUUCUUCGGAUUACGAGUCUUUAUUACGUACUUGGGAUCGAGCGGUCAUGGGUAUGAAUACGCAAUGCGAGAGCCUGGGGCGCAAGAGGUGUCUAAGAGUCCCGUAUGAGCACGUGAUUCUACAUUCAAGGAAGGCUAUGGAAAGUGUGCUGGAAUUCCUGGAAAUUGAAUGGGACGAGAGGGUACUUCACCAUGAGCAGAGUGUGGGAUUACCUGGCGGACCAGUUAUAUCAAGACUUGAGCGAUCCAGCGAUCAAGUCGUCAAACCACUGAACUUCGACGCCUUGUACCGAUGGGUCGGCGCAAUACCUCAACACGUGGCGGAGACUGCUGGCAAGUUAGCACCGAUGCUAACCGUGCUUGGAUAUGAUGCGCAGGUUUACAGACCUGAUUACAUACAACUUAAGACCUGAUUGAUGGAACUUAGCCGCAACUCAGGCCUGAUUUCACGCAAUUGCUGCGCGCAACUAUACGCAACGCAAAAAUUCACACAGCUCAACAAAUCAACAAAUUGAAAUGCACUGACUUUGAAGUUUGUAAUUUUUUUUACGAGACUUAAACGAUAUUUUUCGGACACACGGCCCGCUAACGGAUGCACACUAAAACAAUAAAUUAAAUUCACAAUCAUAUCAUUGCGCUUUUAUUUACUUCAAAUCUAAAUAUCCUUAGCGUUAAAUUCAAAUCUUUAGCCAUAUACAAAUUAUUUUUAACAUUAUGGUCUUAUAACUGACUGUAAACGUUUUGAUAAAGCUUUUAGCGCGAAUAUUUAGUUUUUAUAAUAAAGUAUAUAUUACUGCACUAAACAUCUUUUAUACAAAUUUGUAAAAGUUGAUUGCACUCUGUGUAAAGAACGUAUAAAAACGCAAGCGAUACACUCGAAUUAAAGUAUUUACCGUAAGUAUUGCUUUAUAUUAUGUCUUUUUUCUGGAGAAAAUAAUGAUUAAAAGCCUUUGAAAUCACUUAAA